CCAGCAUCCCUCGCUGCCCAACACUCCCAGCUCUGCCAGCGCCGCCUGCCCGCGGCCCCAGCUGGGAGCUGCCGGCCAUGGGGACCCUCCUAUGGGGCUGGAAGACUUAGGGCCCCCCACUGCCCUCCUGCUUGGCCGAUGCGGACACAAAGGCGGAGGAGACGCGGCCUUCCCAGAAAUGCAACUAAAGCUCAUGGCUGGGCUGGAGCCCUGUGAUAGCAAUGGGAAAAUAACCAUCCCUGGGACACAUGGGCUGAUGGGAGAUUAUGUCAACGGUCAAAACAGUAACUGACCUUAUAGUGGGAUCAGACCUGGUCUGAGCAUCGCGUUGCCAUCCUUCUCCCUGAAAGCAAGAAGCAUUUGUGUGCUGGAGCCAGGCUGCACGCAGAACUGCUCCCGGAGCAUCUUUUUCUGGUGCCCAGGAAAGGCUCAGGGAAGGGCCCAGGCAGAGUGUGUGGAUCCCCUGUGCUAUGGCUUCAUCCCAGCUGCCCCCCUGCCCCACAGUAGGUACUGUCCUUGCUUCGCAGCCCCCCAGCAAGCUUCCCCCUGGUGAGGAGGACCUCGGUGAAGCCUUUGACUUUGAGGACAGUGAUGAGGAGGAGGAGGACGAAGAUUCAGCCACUGAGCCAAGCAGGGGAGCAGUCCUUCAGGCCCCUCCUCGCAGGCACCGUGUCACCAGCUCCAGCACCGAGGGGCUGGUGCCAGAGACCCAGGAAGGGCUGCCGGAGGGAGUGAGCAAUGGGGAAACCUGUGAGGACCCCCCUGAUAUCAACACCCAGACCUGGAAGAGGAAAAGCGGCCGCCGAGGUGAUCGCUUGGAGUUCACAGCGGCAGAGGAUGAUGUGAUUUAUGAUGACGUCCCCUGUGAGAACCUUGAUGUCAACCAGGAAGGGCGCAGCCUGAUCUACGAGGACGUGCAGCGGGGCGAGGAGCUGGGCUGGAGCUCCAGUGAGUUUGAGAGCUACAGUGAGGAGUCGGGUGAGGAGAGCAAACCAGAGGCUGAGCCAGCCAAGCACCGGACCUCCUUCCAGCCCAAGCUUUCUCCAGACCUGAAUAGACUAAAGGAGAGAUACGCCAGGACUAAGAGGGACAUUCUGGCUUUAAGAGUUGGGGGGAAAGACAUGCAGGAGCUGAAGCAGAAGUAUGAUUGGAAGAUGACGCAACUGAUGAAGGCGGCCAAAAGUGGUACCAAGGAUGGGCUGGAGAAGACCAAGAUUGCAGUGAUGAGAAAGGUGACCUUCCUGCACCGUAAGGAAGUGCCAGGGGAUGGGGAGCGUAGGAGAAGGGUGAAGGAGGCAGAAAAGCCACUACCCACCCCUGGCAUCUCAAGGGGGUCACUGGAGCAUUGUGGACAAGGAGACUCAGAGGAGGAAGACACAGGUUUCCUGGAGGUCACAGUCUCUGACAUGAAGCACCCACCGCCCGAACUUGGUCCCAUGCCCACAGGGCUCAGCCCCCAGCAGGUGGUGCGGCGACACAUCCUGGGCUCCAUUGUGCAGAGUGAGCGCAGCUAUGUGGAAUCCCUGAAGCGCAUCUUGCAGGAUUACAGGAACCCUCUGAUGGAGAUGGAGCCCAAAGUGCUGAGUGCCCGGAAAUGCCAGGUGGUUUUUUUCCGCCUAAAGGAGAUUCUGCAGUGCCACUCCAUGUUCCAGAUCGCUCUCUCCUCCCGUGUAGCUGAGUGGGACUCUGCUGAGAAGAUUGGAGACCUCUUUGUGGCCUCGUUCUCCAAGUCAAUGGUGCUGGAUGUCUACAGCGACUACGUCAACAACUUCACCACUGCCAUGUCCCUUAUCAAGAAGGCUUGUCUCACCAAACCUGCCUUCCUCGACUUCCUUAAGAAGCGGCAGAUGGCCAGCACCGAUCGGGUGACGCUGUAUGGGCUGAUGGUGAAACCCAUCCAGAGGUUCCCCCAGUUCAUCCUUCUCCUACAGGACAUGCUGAAGAACACCCCCAAGGGCCAUGCAGACCGCCUGUCCCUCCAGUUGGCCCUCACUGAGCUGGAGACGUUGGCUGAGAAGCUCAAUGAGCAGAAGCGUGUGGCUGACCAGAUGGCUGAGAUCCAACAGCUCAGCAAAAGCAUCAGCGACCGCAGCAGCCUCAGUAAGAUGCUGAACUCUGGGCAGCGGCAGCUGCUGCUCUGUGAGACACUGACAGAGACGGUGUAUGGUGACCGGGGGCAGCUCAUCAAGUCCAAGGAGCGAAAAGUUUUCCUCCUCAACGAUAUGCUGGUCUGUGCCAACAUCAACUUCAAGCCAGUGAGCCCAAGAGGCCAGCUGGAAAUUAGCAGCCUGGUGCCGCUGGGUCCCAAAUACGUGGUGAAGUGGAGCACAGCCCUCCCGCAGGUGCAGGUGGUGGAAGUGGGGCAGGAGAGUGGUGCCUAUGACAAGGACAACGUGGUUAUCCACAACGCUGGUGCCAAGAAGCAUGCACCCACCGGGCCAGCCUCGCACAAUAAAGUCUACCUGGGGCCACCGCGGCUUUUCCAGGAGCUGCAGGACCUACAGAAGGAUCUGGCAGUAGUGGAACAGAUCACCCUGCUCAUCAGCACGCUGCACGGCACCUACCAGAACCUGAACAUGACAGUGGCCCAGGACUGGUGCUUGGCCCUGCAGAGGAUGAUGAAGGUGAAGGAGGAAGAGAUCCAUUCUGCCAACAAGUGCCGCCUCCGACUCCUGCUGCCUGGCAAGCCAGACAAGUCUGGCCGCCCCAUCAGUGUCAUGGUGGUCUUCAUCACUCCAAAUCCUCUGAGCAAGAUCUCCUGGGUCAAUUGCCUUCACCUGGCCAAGAUUGGGCUGCGGGAGGAGAACCAGCCGGGCUGGCUCUGUCCUGAUGAAGACAAGAAGAGCAAAGCUCCCUUCUGGUGCCCCAUCCUCUCCUGCCACAUGCCUGCCUUUUCCUCCAAAGCCCUUGAUCUGCAGCUCAGCACUGCUGUGCACAACCCUGUGCAAUCCUCACUGUUGGGUUUCUCUGCCGUCAGCACUUCGUUGCCUCAGGGCUACCUCUGGGUUGGGGGUGGCCAGGAAGGUGCCGGGGGACAAGUGGAGAUCUUCUCCCUCAAUCGCUCGGUGCCGCGGACAGUAAAAUCCUUCCCAGUGUCAUCGCCAGUGCUGUGCAUGGAGUACAUCCCCGAGGCAGCUGAGGGGGACACAGUGGGGUCCGAGGAGCCCCGAGCAGGUGCUGAGCAGCCCCCUGCAACUCUGCAUCCCACUGUUUGCUUGGGACUGCGGGAUGGCAGCAUCUCAGUGUAUGGCAGCGUGGACACGGGGACACAGUGCCUGCUGACCUGCAAGAGCCCUGGCAUGCAGCCGGUCCUCUGCCUGAAGCACAGCCCUGAGUACCUGUUUGCAGGGCUGCAGGAUGGAACGGUGGCUGCAUAUCCCAGGAACAAUGGGGGGCUGUGGGACCUGAGUGAGCAGCCCACCUGCCUGCCUGUGGGCACUGGCCCCGUGCGUGCCCUCUUGAUGCUGGAUGAGACCCUCUGGGCCAGCUGUGCCAACCAGGUCACGGUCCUUGACACUUCUACCCUCUGUGCUCAGCAAACCUUUGAGGCUCACCCGGACACAGAGGCCAGCGUGACACACAUGAUCAAGGCAGGUAGUGGUGUCUGGAUGGCGUUUUCCUCAGGUUCCUCUAUCCGCCUCUUCCACACUGAGACACUGGAGCACCUGCAGGAGAUCAACAUUGCCACCAGGACCACCUUUGUCCUCCCAGGGCAAAGAAAUGUCCGUGUCACCAGCCUGCUCAUCUGCCAGGGUUUGCUUUGGGUUGGCACUGACCAGGGCAUCAUUGUUCUGCUGCCUGUGCCCCGGUUGGAGGGCAUCCCUAAAAUCACUGGAAAAGGCAUGGUGUCCCUCAAUGGGCAUGGUGGCCCCGUGGACUUCUUGGCUGUGGCACUGAGCACAUUGGCUCCUGAUGUGCUAAAAGGAGACCAAGAGGAAGAGGAAGGUGAGGAAGAGAAACCCCCAGAGAUGGAUGGACCCACACCACGGGAAAUAAGGAAAAAAGGGAUUUUGUUGCAAUACCGUCUCCGUUCCACCUCCCACCUCCCCGGGCAGCUGCUGUCAGUGCGGGAUGCUCCAGCUGGGACUGUUAGCCCAGAGCAUACAGAAGAAGAUGGCUCUGUUUAUGAGAUGGCCGAUGACCCCGAUGUGUGGGUCCGGAGCCGGCCCUGUGCCCGCGAUGCUCCCCGCAAGGAGAUCUCCUCUGUUGCCAUCAUUUCAGGGGGCAGAGGGUAUCGUAACUUCAACUGUGAGCCGCAGCGCCGCGGUGGUGAUGCUGACAGCACCCUGCUCAUCUGGCAGCUCCCACUGAUGCUAUAGCAGCUGGGGGAUGCCUGCGCGGCACCUACCUCAAAGCCACCCUACACGCUGCCAUGGGGCGGUCGCAUUGGUGAGUGCACCACCCCACUGUUUUUUUUUUUUUUUUUUUUUAAGGAGAAAUAAGGAAAAAAAUAAUGAAAGGAAAAGCACCAUAAAAAUUGUCAUUUUUGACUCCUCCAAAAAAAACCCACUUUGCAUGUUGGGAAAGGGGAAUUUUUAAACAUGGGAAGCAAUGACCUCCUUGCGGGCUUUGGAGGUGCCAGGGCUGUGCUGAAGGCAUUUGUGUGUCUGUGUGUGAAUAUCUAUAAAUAUAUAUAUAUAUAUAUAUAUAAUGUGUAUAUUAUGAGCUGUAUAAAGAAAGAAUCUGUAUAUAUUGGAGCACUUGGAGAUGUAGAAAUAAAGAAGUGGUGUGAGCGCUCAUUGGA